UCGGGGGUUGAAAAUUUUUGCACUGCUUAAACGACAUCAUUCAGCUGAAGGCGCGAUAGGGUUCUGGUUGGGGGGCCGUGGAAUCGAUAAUUGAGUUUAUUGUCGGGAAUCAGAGCCAGCAACGAUCGCAAUGGUCUGCGAGAAGUGUGAGAAGAAAUUAGCCAAGGUGAUAGUACCGGAUAAGUGGAAAGAGGGAGCUAGCAAUACUACCGAGGGUGGUGGCCGGAAGAUCAACGAGAACAAGCUUCUCUCGAAGAAGAACAGAUGGACCCCGUAUGGAAACACCAAGUGCAUUAUUUGCAAGCAGCAGGUGCACCAGGAUGCCAAGUAUUGUCAUACCUGUGCUUACUCUAAAGGAGUUUGUGCCAUGUGUGGUAAGCAAGUUCUUGACACCAAGUUUUACAAACAAAGCAAUGUAUAGUGUACACCGGGUGUGCGAGAUGCGACAUCAUCUUUCUGGAUAGUUGUCUAGUUGAUGCUGAUACCUAUGUAACUGAAGCUGUACUCGUAGUUUAAAAGUUGAAUGGUUUCUGUUUAACCUGAAGGCUGAAAGGCCGUGACUCGUGCCUUUUGUACUACUAUCAUUCUUUGUAAUGCAACCCUUUUCAGUGAAAGUCUUCAGUGAUGGUUAAUCCAAA